GUAAACAACAAUGGACACUUGACCUUUAUGGCGCCAUAUAGUAGAUACACAGCUAAAAGGUUUCCACUGCAUGGAUCCAGAGACAUCAUUGCUGUAUUUUGGGUAGAUUUAGACAACAGAAGAAAUGGUCAGAUCUACUACAACCAAUACACCAGUGGCAAUGUCAUCCAACGAGCUACACAGGACAUUAACGGGUACUUUCCAGGGCUGAACUUCAAUGCCAGCUGGGUGUUUGUUGUAACAUGGUAUGAGGUGGCCUACUUUCCAAAUUCAAGAACACAAACAACAGUCCAAGCAGUCUUGAUUUCCGGUGACCAGUACUCAUUUGUGCUGAUGAACUAUGGGAAAAUAGCCUCAACAAGACGCAAUGUACAGGCUGGAUACGACACAGUUAACUCCAGUAACCAUUUCACCAUCCCUGGAUCAUUCUCUGACAAUGCCUCAGGCCAUGAAUCAAAUUUCCGCCGAAGCAGCAAUGUAAAUGAACCUGGUCGUUGGGCUUUUCGG